CAAGGAGUUGACGGCAGCCAAUGUCCGCCAGCCGGUGCACAGGACAAACACAGAGGCAUCCUCACAGCCGAAAGACCGCGCACUCACUGACGGCGCUUCUCCUCCCAUUGUUUGAGACGUAACGUUACCGACGUGCUGGCUUCACAUAGCGCUGUAGGGCGUGCCAAGAUGGGAAAGGAUCCGAGGAAGCCGAGGGGCAAGAUGUCCUCAUAUGCCUACUUUGUGCAAACAUGCAGAGAGGAGCAUAAGAAGAAACACCCUGAUGCCUCUGUCAACUUUGCAGAGUUCUCCAAGAAAUGCUCUGAGAGAUGGAAGACGAUGUCAUCGAAAGAGAAAGGCAAGUUUGAAGAUAUGGCCAAACAAGACAAGGUGCGUUAUGAGAGGGAAAUGAAGAAUUACAUUCCCCCCAAGGGCCAGAAGAGAAAGCGAUUCAAGGACCCCAAUGCCCCCAAGAGACCACCGUCUGCAUUCUUCCUAUUCUGUGGAGACUUUCGCCCCAAGGUAAAAGGCGAGCACCCUGGACUCAGCAUUGGAGACACAGCAAAGAAGUUGGGAGAGAUGUGGAACAGCUUAUCUGCAGAGAACAAGCAGCCGUACGAGAGGAAGGCUUCCAAGUUGAAGGAAAAAUAUGACAAAGAUAUCGUUGCCUACCGCACAAAGGGCACAGUGGAUUCAGGACCUGCGGCUACAGCAGAAGAGGACGAAGACGAAGAGGAAGAGGAGGAGGGAGACGAGGAGGAUGAUGAUGAUGAUGAGGAUGAUGAUGAGUAGAUUACAGAGGGAUGGGACCUGAAGUUUUGUUUAUGCCAUAUAACCCCAAUAUACUCAAUUCACCAUCUUGAAACAUAAGUCAGAUUGAACAAGAACAUGUGUAUAUUUAAUGUUUUUAAGAUGUACAGUGUUAUUCUCCUUUUUUUGUAAAGUUAACACUACAUAUCUUAAGUUUGAGAUUUUCUAGUCGUAGUUCUUUAUCCCCUGCCAUAUUACGUAACAAUUUAGGAGAACUUAAAAUCGGUAUGAGCGUAACUAGUCUUUCGGUGUUUCAACUCAAAAAUGAGAUUUCUGAGUUGGUAGUGUAUUUUUCUUUAUUUUGAAAAAUAUUUUUUUAUGUGCUGUCCCAAUGUCUUUUUAUUGUUCUUUGAAUACCACUAAUAUCAAAUACAGCUGUCGACAUUCAAAAAUGUCUUCAAUAAAGGUCGUUUUUUUUUUU